AUGGCGACAGUGGCGGAGAACUCCGGGGCUCCUCCUGAUCCUCAGGUUGCCGGUGGUGGUGGUAAGCCCCCCGGUAAACGUGGGGGAGGAGGCCGGAAGAAUCCCCUUCCUGACAGACAGCAAGAUACACCGUGCCAGUACUGUGGGGAGUACGACCAUACCACAGAUGAGCAUUUUGAGCGGACUCUACAGAACGCCAUCAAUGCUUUGACUGGGUUGCGUCGGAACCCCCAGCAGUCUGGCCAGAAGAAAAAGCGGCAGAAUAGACCGUGUGAUUACUGUGCGGAGUACGAUCACACUUCAGAAAAGCACUUUGAGCGGUCCAUCGUGAACGCCAUCGAUGCUCUGGCUGCUCCUGCAGCUCAGGAAGGAGGACAAGGCCGGAAGAACAAACGGGGCCGACGUCCGCCUGCUCAUGAGCGGCGACGUCAACAAGCUGCCAAGCAGCACCAACAGCAGCGGGAGGUUGAGCAGCGUCCAGCUCUCACCUUGCAGGCGCAACAGCAGCCGCACCAGCAACAGCAGGGGUUUGAGCAGGAUUUCGCUCUCACCCUGCAGGCGCCGGUCCAGGGAGUGGGCUUUCCCUUCCCGAUGGCCGAGCAGCCGCACCCGCAUGCACACCAGCAGGGGGGUGAGGGAUCCCAGGUCCUUCGUCACCGAGAUGAGCCCCCCUGCCUCCUCCCAUGGAGGAUGAGCCCUUUGAGGCUGAGGAUUUGCUUGUACUCUCGGACAGUGCGGGCAGCGACCUUUAAAGGUAACGCUUUCGGUAGCAAAAUCCUAGCGGCAGAGGGUGCCUGCGUCCCUUGGACCGGGUCUCCAGCAAUGAGCUCGCACCUCAACGCGGUGCUGGAGUCUAGUAACCAGAUGGUGAAGCCAAGACGAGCGUACAUUAUAUAA